GCUGUGUCACAUUGAAUUUACCUUUCUGAAAAGUUUGUGUGAUGAUCGAAAUUUUUUGUUUACGCUUUUUUUUCCCUUAAAUUUAUUUCAUUUAUGUCUUCAUUAAGACAGAGAAAUGCUGUUAACGAAAAAGAUAAUGAGCCUUCAGAAAAUAUAGUAAAUCUGAAGGCUCAAACCGGGAAAACGUGGGGUCGUGACAGGGAUAUAUCAUAUCUUACUGUUUUAUUAUCUACCGUUAUUCUCACUUGUUGUCCCCUUUUGGUUAUUUAUUUUUGGGUUGUUUGUACUCAUUAUCAAUGUUCUAUAAUUGAGCCUGUCUUUCUUCUCCAAUCAAAUGAUUUCUCUAAGGAAGCUUUUGAAACUAUAAUCUUACAAAAACUUCCUCAAUUUUCGUGGGAGGGUAUCAAAAUUUAUUUUACUUGGUUAAGUUUUCAGGCAAUACUUUAUGCUGUUUUACCAGCAAAAAUUGGUCACGGUCAGAGAACUCCUGCUGGUCAUAUUUUACCUUAUAAGGUAAAUGGACUUUUGGCUUGGUUUAUUACCCAUACUCUUUUUUUGGUUGGUGCAUUCUACUUUAAUUGGUGGGAUGCUUCUAUCAUUCAUGAUCGAUGGGGUCAACUUUUUAUAGCCGCAAAUAUAUAUGGUUAUUUCCUUACUUUCUUCUCGUUUAUCAAAGCAUAUUUAAUACCUUCUCAUGCAGAAGAUCGAAAAUUUUCUGGAAGUUUUAUUUAUGAUUUGUUAAUGGGUAUUGAAAUGAAUCCAAGAUUUGGAAAAUAUUGGGAUUUCAAAUUAUUUCAUAAUGGCAGACCUGGAAUCAUUGCUUGGACAUUAAUUAAUUUAUCUUUUGCCGCUGCUCAAUAUAAUAAAAUUGGUUAUGUAACCAAUUCAAUGAUUUUGUUGAAUUUCUUACAUGCCGUUUAUGUUUUGGAUUUCUUUUAUAAUGAGGAUUGGUAUCUUAGGACCAUUGAUAUCGCUCAUGAUCAUUUUGGAUUCUAUUUGGCAUGGGGUGAUACUGUAUGGUUACCAUGGAUGUAUACGCUUCAAUCUCAUUAUUUAGUUCGUAAUCCGAUUGAUCUAUCUAUUCCUUACUUUUCAUUUGUCCUUGGAGUUGGCCUUUCCGGUUAUUAUAUUUUCCGAGCCGUAAAUCAUCAAAAAGAUAUUGUUAGAAUAAAAAAUGGUGAUUGCUUGAUUUGGGGUAAACCUGCUCGAUUUAUUAGAACUCAAUUUGUUACUAGUGAUGGAAAAAUCCAUUCAAGUAUUUUACUUACAAGUGGUUUUUGGGGAAUAUCAAGACAUUUUAAUUAUGUUGGUGAUUUACUCAUCUCAUUAGCAAUGUGCCUUACUUGUGGAUUUAAUCAUAUAUUGCCUUACUUUUACAUUAUUUAUAUGAUUAUUUUAUUAAUUCAUCGUAUUUGGAGAGAUGAUGCUAGAUGUAAGGGUAAAUAUGGAAAAUAUUGGGAUGAAUAUGGAAAAGUUGUAAAAUGGAAAUUAUUACCCUACGUUUAUUAAGGAAAUCACAUAAUCAAGCAUUUUGGAUUUGGAUGUAAUUUGAUUUUAUAAUAUCAUUUUAUAUUUAAAACUUGAAAUGGAAAAACAUGUUCAAAAAACAAGUUAAAAAAAUUAUUUAUUUAUAUGUUUUAAUAAUAUUAUUUAUUUGAUACGAAUCGAAUUAAUUAAAAAAAAAAUAUUUAUUAUUUAU